AUGAAAUCCCUCACAUCACUGAAGGCAUCCCCCCGCCCCAUACUCAAAAUCACUACUCCGGCAUCUAAAAACACACCUCGCUGGCGCUCCGUAGCACUAUUAUUGCGGUCCUCCAGCUCCGCGUUUUCGUGGAAACGAUUGGUUCGCCGUUCACGAAAGAACAAGUCUUUCCAAGAUGCCGAAGCCCCCACCGGAGAUAUUUCCUCAUCUUCGUCUGAGACACUUGUCGGGUCUCCGAUGGAGGAGAAACUGAUUAGUCCGAAGAUGGUCCGUUUUGAUGACUCGCCAACUUACUUUGGUGGCAAGCGACGAAUUAAAUCUCCCAAAUCCCCCACUCAUAAGGGGGCGUUGCGAUCUUGUCUUAUCAUAAAUAACACCGACCCCUUCAUGGAGCUUCUUUCGGAUGACGAUGACGACGUCUCCGCAUAUGAAGACUGCCGGAAUUACUACCCUGGCUUUGUCCAAGACAUGGAGGAUCUUGUCGAGCGCGAAUAUCUCAAGCGGAUUCAAAUUGAAGAGUCUCGCACUCCUGCUUGGCAGCUCACUGAAUUUGGUUGCACGAAGAUGGAUCGACAAGACUACGUAUCCCACUGUUUUCGUAUGGAAGCAGAGAGGAAAGCGCGACAGGAGGCCGAAGGCUUGAGGAAGGUCGUCUACGACCAUCCGAUGACUUUACGCUGGCCCAGCCGGGAGAUCACUGAGCGUCCAGUCGAGGCACCUCCAGUUAUUGUGAUAGUGCCACCUCGUCCUCUCGUUCCGGACCCUGCUCCGGUCAUUCUUAAUUGGCGUCAGGAGAUUGCACGCGAUAUCAUCGAGAUGUUUAUUACGCUAUGUAUUGGACUCACGAUUCACAUGUGCAUUUAUAUUCUGGGCAUCUAUUGUUACUUUACUGGUGUUUAUCUGGACGAUGACGAGUAG